UGUUCGUGUUUGGAUAAUGGGUUAUGAGAUGUGGGAUUGGAAAAUGAAAAUGAAUGAAGAGCUAAGAUGAAAUGAGGUGGGAAGAAUGAAUGGUUGGAAUUUAAAGAUGUCUUUUAGUGGAUGGGAAAUCAUCUCCCUAACCCAUUAGCCAAACAUACCCUAGGUGUUUGUGGAGGUCUUCGAGAAAGUUGGCAGAGGGGGAGAACCGGAGGCACACGGGAUUGUCCACCAUCGGAGCUCGGCGCCCAGCACCGCGAGCUCGCGGCGGCCGUCUCCGCCGUCGCACCUCCGUCAAUCCAUUUCAGGCGGAGAGGCGGUGGCGCACGGGAUCCCCGUCCUUCGGAGCGUGUGUCGACGACCGCGACCUCGGUGCCCAUGACCGCGAGCUCGCGGCGGCCGACCCCUCUGUCUCCGCUUUGGGGCGCUCCUCUCCAACCGUCGGUGGGAUUGCAGGUGGAGGUGGAGGUGACUGAUGCAGAGGGGAAGAGGCGUGAAGGCACGCGAGCCCUGUCCAUAGACCACGCUUUCAUCCCCACCUUGUCUCCCACACAAAUGUCGCUAUCGCGGCGCCUCGCCGUGCUCCGCUCCCAUCUCCACCUCGGCGCCCCUUCCAGCGAAGGUGACCAGGACAUCAUGUGCGCGGAGCAAAGCGCGGGGGUCUUGACCUCCCCUUGCGCCGCCGCCUCCAUCGCCGGGACGGGAAGGGAAGAGCUGUGUGUUCUGCCGUAUCAUCCGCGGCGAAGCGCCGGCCUUCAAGUUGCAAUGCGUCUCCUGAUUGAUGCGAAGCGCAUGGGCUCCCCUUCCUUCACAGUGUACCAUCGACGACCGCGAGCUCGCGUUGGCCAUGGCCGCAGCUGCUGGCGAUUUGGAGUAAGCCUCCUGGCUCUGCGUAGACGUUCCCUUGUAACUUUCUGCACAUGGUCUCCAUGUACCUGCUGAGAAGGUUGGCGUGCUUGUGUUUGCAUAGGGUCUCCAUGUGAUUGAAGAGGUGUCUUUUUAUUGGCAAUAUUGGGUAUGCACUAAUCAGGUAAAUUUAUGAUAACCUGUAUAAUAUGAUUUAGCUGUUAGUUACAAUAGGGAUUCAUGUACAAAAUAAGAUGAAGUUCUUCGUCUGAAGUUACCACGCCUCCAUGUAUGCCUUCUUUCUCAUAGGCAUUGGUUCUUAGUUUUGCAUUUCUCUCGUCCCAACGUGCCAUCAACGUAUGAAUUGGAGGAGAAUAGGAAACACCAUAUUUACUCUAUGCUUGAAUCCUUUCCCAGUUCCAAAACUACAAAAGGUAGACUUUAUGUGAUUUGAUGCCAAUAAAAAAAAUUAAUUGGUCAGUGAGGGUAAAACAAUAUGUACACUAAUUAUAUUUUUUUUACAGGAACUGAUUAUAUUAUAUGGCAAUUACCUAGAGCAGGCCUAAAUUUCCUUGCAGAUUGACUAGGUCUUCUUCAACAAAAGUAUGGAUGCAACCCUUAGAUGAGACAGAGUGAAAGUUCCCCAGUUGAGCUUUGGAAUAUCCGAAAUAUUUUCAACAAUGGACAAAUGCUUUGAGUCAACAUGGUAAUCUGUUGUGGGAGCUAAAAUAACACCAAUAGUACACAAAACAAUCUGACGGAUAAAAUCUUCAUCAACCUUCUUAGAUCUUAAAAUAUUGUCCCUCAACCCCUACAAAGAAAUGUGUCCUUUUCCUGGUGUUUUGUAUCGGUUGAACAACUCACCAUUGAUUUUUGAUUUGUUGUCUACAGAUAUUUCUUCCCCUUUGAUUGGCAGAUCCAUUACUUUAUAAACAUGAGUUUCUAGCAAUGGAAUUUCUUUACCGCCUACCACAAAACACUUUGAUUCUAGGUUGAAUGACUUGGCAAUCUUAACUAGCAUGAUACGGCGGAGAGUUACCACCUUCAUAUUAACAAGCCACCUAGCCCUAGCAACUUCAUUGUUUCCUGUUUUUUUUUUUUUGGACAAUUGUUCUACUGUCUCUGCAUAUUGCUCUGGAGAGCAAAUAAUGGUCAUAUCUCCAUGCCUCAUAGCAAUUUGCUGGAAAUUGUGGUAAUCAAACAUGAUUAUGUAACGAAUAUCAUUGUGCACAGAUGAUGUACUUAUGGUAUAGCAAAUGUACAAAUGUAUAUACUGAUUUACUAAUUAACUAACCUCGUCCUCAGUGACUUCGU